GAAAGAACUUUGAACAGAACGAUUGGCUCGCGAAUCGGACAUCACUACGAUCGCAUGGCGAGGCUUGAGUCACCCAGACAUUGUAGAUUAUUUGCUGGAACCUUUCGCUCUGUCCUUCAGUAGUGGCUUUGUCCAUGGCGUUCUUGCAGAGGACUGGAGACUACUGCCACGCUCAGCAUCGACACGUCUAAACCCUGGGAGAAUGUGUUGCGCUCUGUUCACUGAUUCCUGGAUGCUCUGAGACGCUCUUCCCUCUACUACUUGUGGUCCUGCAACCCAAAACUCCUCUCAAAUCUAAUGGGGUGAUCUUACCUCUCUGGCUACGGCAAGCCAUUAGAGAGGCAAUUCAAGAGACUGGGAACUUUGAACAUCGAAGAGUUUUGCAGUGUUUUAUUCACAAAGAAAGAUCAGCGGCUGAACAAAGCGUCCUUUGCUUGUGAACGGUUCGGAGUUGGAGGAAGCACAAUGGCUCGGAUGAACCGGCCGGCCCCAGUGGAGGUGUGCUACAAGAACAUGAGGUUCUUAAUCACUCACAACCCGACAAACUCCACUCUGAGCAGCUUCAUAGAGGAUCUUAAGAAGUAUGGUGCCACAACGGUGGUCAGAGUCUGUGAGAUAACCUACGACAAAUCACCACUGGAGAAGGAUGGCAUAACAGUCGUGGACUGGCCAUUUGAUGACGGCGCUCCUCCCCCCACUAAGGUUGUGGAGGACUGGCUGAGUCUCCUGAAGCGACGCUUCAUAGAUGACCCCGGUUGCUGCGUGGCUGUGCACUGCGUGGCCGGUUUAGGAAGAGCUCCAGUACUGGUGGCUGUGGCACUGAUUGAAAGUGGGAUGAAGUAUGAAGAUGCCAUCCAGUUCAUCAGACAGAAGCGCAGAGGUGCAAUAAACAGCAAGCAGUUGACAUAUCUAGAGAAAUAUCGGCCCAAACAGAGACUGCGCUAUAAGCACCCGCACAUUUUCAAGAACAAGUGCUGCAUCAUGUGACUGCACCCUCACCCUGCUGUUCUGAACCUGAUGGACUGGGCCACACCUGAUGCACUUUUGCUGUAAAAAGAUGAACCGAUUCGGUCUGGAUGAAAACCCCGCUGGUGCCUAAAAUCCUCCUCACUCUUGAUUGUGGUGUGGAUACUGCCAUGGCUUUUCCAAGACUUACGACUCAGAGGUCUGAAAGGCUGCGCAUCUCUGAGGUUAAUGAGAUAUGGUGAAGGCGACCUCUGACCUUUGACCCUUGCACCAGGACCGACACCCUAAUCAUGCCUCAAAUGAUCGUGACUGUCUGAAAGAGCCGGGCGGUGUGAUAAUGUGAAUCAUGGACAAAAUUUGUGCUUUCUUACUCUCUACUAAUUUUUCUUUCUACAGCUUCUCUUCAGAGUCCAAUUUUUAGAUGACUACGUUUCCUUUAACACUUUCCGUUUUCAGCACAAAUCUUUUUACUGGUGACCUUUUCCAUGAUGCUUUUGUUUUAUGAGCAAACAACGGUUAAAGUGGACUAAUGAAGGGCUUAUGUUGUGUGAAAAAUAUUUCUGUUUCACAAAGCAGCUCUUUGCUAUUUCUAUUAGGUUCAGUGCCAGACUCUUAAAGGUUUCUGAAAGCUACAUGCGAAGGUCAAUGAAUUUAACUGCGAAAUGCUUUUGCGUGUUUAUGUGCUUAAAAUCAAACCUCGUGUUUGUUGGAGUAAUUUUACCUUGUUAGGACUUCAGGGUUCCCUGGAAGCGGUCUGUCUAUGAUGCUUGUCCGUUCAGUUCAACAGAGAUCAGAUGGUAAAAACGACCCUAUAUAAAUGAAUUUCCAGACAAGAUGGUGGUUUCAAGUUUGUUUUUCUCUGUUUUUGUAAGAACACACCUCCAGCUGCAUAAUACAAAUAAAGGCUGUUGCAAUCAUGAAUAAGGA